GCUCCCUCCUCCUGCGGGGAAGGGGGCAGCCAGCUUGCCCGGCCAGCUGCACGCCUUGGACGGGGCGGAGGAGGGAGAAGGAGGAGAGAAGAAGGGGACAGCCGGCCCCAAGCCCUGCUCUGCUGCCGGCUCCCGCUUCCCGCUGGGAACCGGCCCAGUGCUGGGGACCGACCCCGGCCCCGGAGAACAAUGCAUUUCCUGGCCUGGUUCAAUUUGCUGCUUCUCCUUCCUUGUUUUGGUACCACAAAAACUUGCUUCCCUGGCUGCCACUGCGAAGUGGAAACCUUUGGUCUCUUUGACAGCUUUAGCUUGACCAAGGUGGACUGCAGUGGAAUAGGCUCACACAUUGUUCCUGUCCCAAUCCCUCUGGAUACCUCCUACUUGGAUCUAUCAUCAAACAAACUGGAAACAAUAAAUGAAUCAAUGCUUACUGGCCCUGGAUACACCACCCUGGUGAGUCUUGACCUGAGCUACAACAAAAUUGCCAAGAUUUCCUCCACAACAUUCUCCAGACUUCGGUACCUGGAGUCCUUGGAUCUCAGUCAUAACUCUCUGGAAGUCCUUCCAGAGGACUGUUUCUCCAGUUCUCCUCUAAGUGAUAUAGAUUUGAGCAAUAACAAACUUUUGGAUGUAGCUAUGGACAUUUUUGCUUCAAAAGGUCAAGGCAAAUCCCUGAAUGUGGAUCUAUCCAAUAACAUGCUCAGCACAAUUACAAGGCACCAUGAAAAGAGCAUUCCCAACAUCCAGAACUUAAAUCUUUCUGGAAACAGGCUAACAUCUGUACCAAACCUUCAAGGCAUUCCUCUCCGAUAUUUAAAUCUUGAUGGAAACCCUCUGGUUAAGAUUGAGAAAGGAGACUUCAAGGGGCUGAAAGACUUGAUUCAUUUAUCUCUCAGUGGCCUGCAUGGCUUUAGAGAGUUAUCUCCUCAUAGCUUCAAGGAACUCCAAGCCCUCCAGGUUCUGGAUUUAUCCAACAAUCCCAACCUGAAGUCGCUGACGUCUGAAGUUAUCUUUGGUCUGAACUCCCUGCAAGAGCUCAACCUCUCUGGGACAGGCAUAUCAUCCUUGCCAAAGACUUUGCUGAAAUACCUGCCUUCCAUCAAAAGCAUCACCUUAGGGAAGGACAUACAGUGUCUUAAGACCAUCAAAGAAGGACAGUACCACCGACAAAUUGGGCUGACCAAAAAAGAAGUCCUCAGUUGCUAUGACAGCAAUGGAUCCGUAGCAGCAGCACCUUAUGUUUCAUGAUGAAAGCUGGGGAGAAGAAGGGGUGGGGCAGGGAGGGUGAGGGGCUUGGGACUUGUACAGGUGUCGGACUGAGAUGGCUUGCAGUGUGCCUUUUGUAAAACUGUCAAUAAUUUAUAUAUUUGUAUUUGCCAAUAGUUGAUUGUUUGUGGAUUUUAUAAACUCUCGAAUCUCAGCCCGCGUUAUCUGCAGGCUCCAGAUUUUACCCGGUGCAUUGAGGUCCUCACUCAUCCCAUUGGCUCAAGAGCAGUGGUGCUGGAUGACGAUGUGGGGACAAGUCGCUCUGCAGGUCCCAGAGCAGAAGUCAGUCUGGAGCAAACCCUUCGUGCCUCAGACGUGUUUAUAGGAGCAAAGCUUCAUCUCUGCAGAGCACACACCAAAAUGUACAGCUCUGCAGCUGCUUGCCUACAAACCCAUGCAUCAUCCUUCUUUUAAUUAUUACUCCCAAAAAUGUGCCUUCUGGAUGUUGCCUUCAUUAGCAGCACCCUGUUUUCUGUCAUGCACUUUCAGUCUUGAAGAAACAUUUCCAGACAAACCUGAAUACAGGGUGCACCUGAUGUGCUGGGUUUUACAUGUAAUUUGCAUAGGUGUGCAAUGAACACAAAGUCGAGACAUUUUCCCACCAGUUUCUCCUUGUUUUCCCACCUUUUCAUGUCUGAUUAACUUAGGUCCAGCUUUGGUAACCUCCUGUCUUUUUAACCCCAGUGAGCCAUUGGUCAGAGAUGAUGUGCAGCAGAGGAAGGGAAGCACAGGGGUCUGCUAACAGCCACAUCUCACCCAUGAACUAGCCUUCAGUGAGGGAGGGUGCAAAGGGAAGAGAUCGUGUAGCUUAGCUCAGAAAACAAGAAAUGGAAAAUAAUCCCUCCUCCCUUUCUGGGGAAGCUUGGAAGGAAACUUUGACAGGGAUUCUUUCUUGAUGACCUUAUCAAA